GCUAUAUAAGGCGGAACGAGGCAGGCAAGGGGGGCAGCGCAGCAGAGCGGAGCCCGGAGAGGAGAGAGAGAGAGCCUGAGCGAGAGACGGGAAAGCAAGGAGGAGGAAGCCACCGGCGCGUCGGGACAGGAACGCAGGUGUUCGGAGCGCCCGAGCUGGAGCUCCGCAGCCGGCAGUCAUGUACCGCUCCACCAAGGGCGCCUCCAAGGCGCGCCGAGACCAGAUCAACGCUGAGAUCCGGAACCUCAAGGAGCUGCUGCCACUGGCCGAGGCGGACAAGGUCCGGCUGUCCUACCUGCACAUCAUGAGUCUUGCCUGCAUCUACACUCGCAAAGGCGUCUUCUUCGCUGGAGGCACUCCUCUGGCGGGCCCCACAGGGCUUCUCUCAGCUCAAGAGCUUGAAGACAUCGUGGCGGCACUGCCUGGCUUCCUGCUUGUGUUCACGGCUGAGGGGAAGCUGCUUUACCUGUCUGAGAGUGUGAGCGAGCAUCUGGGCCACUCCAUGGUGGAUCUGGUUGCUCAGGGUGACAGUAUCUACGACAUCAUUGACCCAGCUGACCACCUCACUGUGCGCCAGCAACUCACCCUGCCCUCUGCCCUGGACACCGAUCGCCUCUUCCGCUGUCGCUUCAACACCUCCAAGUCCCUCAGGCGCCAGAGCGCAGGCAACAAGCUGGUGCUUAUUCGAGGCCGGUUUCACCCUCACCCGCCUGGGGCCUACUGGGCAGGAAACCCUGUAUUCACAGCUUUCUGUGCCCCUCUGGAACCAAGACCCCGCCCUGGCCCUGGGCCUGGCCCUGGCCCUGGCCCUGCCUCACUCUUCUUGGCCAUGUUCCAAAGUCGUCAUGCCAAGGACCUGGCUCUACUGGACAUCUCUGAGAAUGUCCUAAUCUACCUGGGCUUUGAGCGCAAUGAACUGCUCUGUAAAUCAUGGUAUGGACUGCUGCACCCUGAGGACCUGGCCCAUGCUUCUGCUCAACACUACCGCCUGUUGGCUGAGAGUGGAGAUAUUCAGGCAGAAAUGGUGGUGAGACUGCAGGCCAAAACUGGAGGCUGGGCGUGGAUUUACUGCCUGUUGUACUCAGAAGGUCUGGAGGGUGCCAUUACUGCCAAUAACUACCCAAUCAGUGACUCGGAAGCCUGGAGCCUCCGCCAGCAGCUGAACUCUGAAGACACCCAAACAACCUAUGUCCUGGGCACUCCCACCAUGCUGCCCUCAUUCCCUGAGAGCGUCCUAUCCCAGGAGCAGUGCUCCAGCCCUAACCCACUCUUCAACCCAGGCCUGGGGACUCCCAGAAACACCACUUUCCCUGGCGCUCCUGAACUGGGUGUUGUUUCAGCAUCCGAAGAGCUUCCCCGGCCCCCCAAAGAACUGGACUUCAGUUACCUGACAUUCCCUGCUGGGCCUGAGCCUUCUCUGCAAGCUGACCUGAGCAAGGACCUUGUGUGCACCCCACCCUACACACCUCGCCAGCCAGGAGGCUGUGCCUUCCUCUUCAGCCUCCAUGAGCCCUUCCAGACCCAUCUGCCCACUCCAUCAAGCUCUCUCCAAGAACAGCUGACUCCGAGCACUGUAACCUUCUCAGAUCAGUUGACACCCAGCAGUGCAACUUUCGCAGACCCACUAACUAGCCCGCUACAGGGCCGGUUGACCGAAGCCUCGGCCAGAAGCUAUGAAGACCAAUUGACUCCCUGCACCUCCACCUUCCCAGACCAGCUGCUGCCCAGCACUGCCACCUUUCCAGAGCCUCUGGGCAGCCCUGCCCAGGAGCAGCUGACUCCUCCCAGCACAGCAUUCCAAGCACACCUGAGCAGCCCCAGCCAAACUUUUCCAGAACAGCUGAGCCCCAACUCCACCAAGACUUACUUCGCCCAGGAGGGAUGCAGUUUUCUCUAUGAGAAGUUGCCCCCAAGUCCCAGCAGCCCUGGUAAUGGGGACUGCACACUCCUGGCCCUGGCUCAGCUCCGGGGCCCCCUCUCUGUGGAUGUCCCCCUGAUGCCUGAAGGCCUGCUCACACCGGAGGCCUCUCCUGUCAAGCAGAGUUUCUUUCACUACUCUGAGAAGGAGCAGCAUGAGAUCGACCGUCUCAUCCAGCAGAUCAGCCAGUUGGCUCAGGGCAUGGACAGGCCCUUCUCGGCUGAGGCGGGCACUGGCGGGCUGGAGCCACUUGGAGGGCUGGAGCCCCUGGACUCCAACCUUUCUCUGCCAGGGGCUGGCCCCCCUGUGCUCAGCCUGGACCUGAAACCCUGGAGAUGCCAGGAGCCGGACUUCCUGGCUGACCCUGAUGACAUAUUCCUGGAAGAGACGCCUGUGGAAGACAUCUUCAUGGAUCUCUCCACCUCAGCCCCCAAUGGGGAGUGGGGUUCAGGGGAUCCUGAGGCAGCAGGCCCAGGAGGGGCCCUGUCACCUUGCAACAACUUGUCCCCAGAAGACCACAGCUUCCUGGAGGACCUGGCCACAUACGAAACCGCCUUUGAGACAGGUGUCUCAGCAUUCCCCUAUGAUGGGUUUACUGAUGAGUUGCAUCAACUCCAGAGCCAAGUUCAAGACAGCUUCCAUGAAGAUGGAAGUGGAGGGGAACCAACGUUUUGAAUAAGUCUGUGACUUAACGUCGUCAAGUAUGGCAUAUUGUCAUCAAGACGUGGAGCCGCUCUCCACCCCCCCGAGACUGUUGGGGGGACUCUGGGGGCCAGAGGGGGAUGUAUCUGAUUCCCCAGGCCCUGAAGGAUUUGGGGGGGGGAGGUGGGAGGGCAUGGGAGGGGAGCUUCUUUUUAAAAUCAAGAGACUUCGAGCGAUCCCAGUUUCCAUUUCAAUCCGUAUUCACUCGUAGUGAGUUUCCUUGAAUGGGAUUUCAAGCGGAGAAUGGGGGAGUCUCACUUCCCCCCACCCGCGCUGCCCCAUGGGCCUGGGCCAGUUCUCCACUCCUAGGGGCCAAGCCACCCCUGGGCCUUGGUGGGGGAAAGGCACGGCCCACCCGGGCCAGCCUGUGCCCCGAGGGGCUCUUGACACCCACGUAGAAUUCUCUACACACCAGUAACGGGAUUUCAAUUCCGAUGGACUCGGCCGCCCUGGUGGCCCUUCCUGUGACUUUUGCGCCCCGCGCCUGGGGUGGGGGGCGCGAAGAGACGCUACGUUCCUUUCCGAUGGAGGAAGGCAGACCUGCCGUCACACGCAUGCUUGCACGAGUGCGUGUACCUGGUGCGGGACUCACCCGGCCGCCAGACCGCCUGGGCCUGCCAAAUGGCCACCUCGUGGUGCUGCGGUGACUUUGUAGCCAACUUUAUAAUAAAGUCCAGUUUGCCUUUUUGGUA